AUGACGGAAGAAUACGAUAAUAUUUCCUAUAGAGAAGAAGAGGAGGAAGAGGAAACCACCGAACAAAUUUUGGAGUCGAUCGCUGAGGAAGAAGAGGAGGAAGAAGAUGAAGAAUUGUUGCAGCAAUCCAUGCUCCCUUCUCGGAAACAUCACAAAAUCACCAUUGAAUCCAUAGAACAGAUAAAACAAAUUGUGUCUUUUAACCAAUAUGAUUUAAUCGAUGCCAAGGGAGGUUUGGAUUUAGUGGUGGUCAACGGGGACCAACUUUUAACACAUUUCUUGAGAGACUCGUUAGGGAAAACCGAACUCAACAGCUCAAGUUACAAGUUAGAUUGGACCAAUUAUGGUGGCCAAUUUCUUCACUUGACAUAUCUUGUUGAAUCCUUUAUCAAGAAUUUGUUAGAUCGAGAUAUGAGAAUUGACGUUGUUUUCUUCGACGACACUAGCAAUGAAAAAUGUGUCAAGACCUCAUUUCUGCUGAAUCUUGCUUAUGAAUUUCACAAAGAAAAGAACAUUCCUUUUGGUUAUUUGGCUUCUAGCUUUUUACUCGCAAAGGAAGUGAUUAUUCAUCACUUGUCGAAAGUUUGUGAAAAAUAUGUCACAAGUGAAUUAUUCAUGGUAACUCGUUUAAAUGAUACAUGGUACAAUUCUAGUUCAUGGGAAAAUUUACUUACGAAAAGAAAACCUUCAUUUAUCAUUUCUACUCUGGCAGUACAACCUUUUGCUUUCUCAAUGGACGACCUCUUUUGUACAGAAAUUGUUCUCAUCAAACAAGCCACUCUCACUUAUGACCUAUGCUUUUACGGUAACACAGUAAUUGGGUUUUGUUCUGCCAUUCGUGACACUAUGUCUCACUCAUUCAAGCCAAAGGAUAUUGAAAUGUUUUUAACCAAAUGUUUUAACGAAGAGAGGUUCAAUGACAUCUCUCAAUUAUUCUCUGAAUGUGCAAUUUUUGACGAUUCAAGAAACAUUUCCGAAGCAAGAAAUGAAAUUACAGGACUGAUCGAAAAAGAAAGCAAUGCAAUUCAAAGCGAAUAUUUUAAUAAGUGGAUCACAAAUGCGCGCUCACGAAUUGAAUUGCUACUUCUAGCAUUGAAAGACACACUCGAUCGUCAAACUCCAUCAAUUCCAAACUCUUUAUCUCUCGCUAAAAUAUUAAUGUUAUCAGUGCUAACACAAUAUGUUGUUCCUCUUAGAGAUAGAGCUCAAUAUUUACUGGAAAAUAUAUCGUCCCCUUUAAUUACAUUUAAUCAACAAGUGAUGAGAUCCAUUUUUGUAGUAUUGAAGCAAAUCCCAACAUUCAAUAAUUUAUAUGACUUGAUUGACUUUAGAAUGUUCACAAAGAUAACCACAUUGCUGUAUUCAAUGGGUACUCUUCAAAAGUUAACAAACGAUGGUAGUGAAGAUGAAGUGUUGGCAUCAUUGUUGCCAAAAGAGUUACAACCAAUGUUCAAGAGUAUUUGCACCUAUUUAAACGCUCAGCAUGUGUCAUCCUCUACAGACAAGAACUGGUGGGAAACAACCAUAAAGCCAUUAGUAGCAGCAUAUCCUAUCCAUGAAGGAAAACCAGCUCACCCUGAAUGUUUGCUUAGACAGCUCUUGCCCAUCGAUCAUGAACCACUCAACAAACUCUUUGAUGACGUUGAUUUUAAUUUACCACACCAAUCAAAAGAAGAACCAGUGAUUGCUCAAGAUGAAGUACCAAAAGCCGCUGAACAAGAACAGAACAUUGAUGAAGAUAUCGAAGAUUGGGAGAAAGAGGAUUGGCUCAAAGAAGAGACUCAAGAAGUGGUUGAGCAAAAAGUGGAAACUCAAGAAAAUCUCACUGAAGAAGAAGCUCGAGAGCUUAGAUUCGAAAAGUCCUAUCCACUACGAGAACAAGAAAUUAAUUACUCUGUCAAGAAAGAUCUCGACCAAAUUCCUAAUGACUUCUCUGGACCACGUACAGAAUGGGAAAAACAAAAAGUUCAAGAUGCCCAGAAAAGAUUGCAUCACUACUCAGAGUCAAUUCGAUCCCUCUCUGAUAAGAAAGUCAUUGAAACUGCAAAAUCUGCUGGAACUGAAACCACAAGUCCACAAGUUGAAUCAAAACCAUCCAAGCCUGUAGCUAAAAACAGUCAAAAGAAGGAAUCUGUUGCUGUUGCCAGUCCUUCUGCGUCAGCUACUCCCUCCACAAAGGUUAGACUUAUGAUGAUUGAAUCGAAUAUCAAGAAAAGGGAAAAGGAAAUCAAUGAGAUUGCUUCCAAGUAUUCUGAAUAUAUUCAAAAGUUUUCCGAGUUUAAUAAUAAGGCAGAUGAACUGAAAGAACUUGGCCCAAAGCUUGAACCCUAUGAAAACCUAAUUAAGCUUCUCCUUGAGGGAGUUUUUAAAGAUAUACGAGUCAUUCAAAACAUUCAAGCCACAGCAACGGACAGCUCAAAGAAGGGCGCAUCUGGAAUUUCUGAUAGCUACAACGCAGCAAAUUUACUUCAAGAACAAAGAAUGACAUGUGAAACUAUUUGGAUUCAGCUUACUUUGCUUAGAGCUCAAUACAUGGCACGAAAAUUGUUGCUCGAUCGACAAGAUUUACAAAACUCUCUCAGAAGACAAAAUCAGCCCAAAAAGGGUGUUAAAUUCCUAAGUUUUGGCGACGAGGACUCAAACCAAACAGACAAAAAAGACAAGGAAGAAAAGAAAAAGAGUGCCUUGAAGAAGGAUGAAAAUGCUACCGAUGGUGGAAGUACCUCACAAAUUGCACAAAUAAGUAACCUCUCAGGAGGUGCGGAUUUACCUCUGUACUUAUAUUGGGAGCCUUUUGAAAUUGCAAACAGAGUUUAUGAAAUUGUUGCUCAAUUCGUCAAUGAUACCUACACCUCAGAUAUAUCUGUUUUAACCUCACCAAGUCAAGAAAAAUCAGAAAAGAAGGCUGUAAAAAGCAAGAAGCCAGCUAAGAGCGACAAGAAAGAAAAAACCGAGAAAGUUAAACCAAUAACGAAGAUUGAUUUGAAACACAUUAUUCAAAGUCUAAUCAACAUGUUAUGUGAUCUUGGUUUUGUUAAUUUUGCUUCCAGACUUGCAGAGAAGUUUAAUUCUGGAGACAUCACCUAUGGCUCUCUUAUCAAAGACAAUUUAUUGCAACAAUUGGAUUCAGACACCUUACCUUCUGAGACCGUUAAAGUCAAAGUUGACACUGUCAACGACAAGCCUGAAUCUGCAGAAUUUCAAUUAAUGUUUAACAGCGCAAUUAUUGAAACCGCCAGCAAUAUUGAAAUUCCUCCUCCAGAGCUACCAGAGACAAUAGUAAUCGAUUCCAAAGCACACAAACCUGGUAAAGGUCAUCCCAAGAAAGAAAAACCAUCCACUCAGAGGAAGCAAGCUGAAGAAGAAACUUUUCAACCACCUGCCGAUGACACUAGCUCAGUUUCAAGCAUUGCACAAAAUUAUGUGUUGCCAUCAUCAAAGAGUCUUGGGUUUACUCCAGAUCCUUGGCAAGAGCAAAUGAUUCUCUCUAUUCUACAAAACAAAUCUAUUUUAGUUAGUGCUCCAACUAGCUCAGGAAAGACCUUCAUUGCUUUCUUUGCUAUUGAGAAAAUUUUGAGGGACUCCGAUGACGCCAUUGUUGUCUAUUGUUGCCCCACAAAGGCCCUCGUAAAUCAAGCAUAUGCUGAGGUGUAUAGCAGAUUCCAAAAAGUAUACAGCAAUACAUCACAAUAUGGCGUCUCCAGCAUGCUUGGAAUGUAUACGUCAGAAGAAAAGAUUAAUGUCACCACUUGUCAAGUACUGAUCACAGUGCCUCAAUCACUCGAAAAUCUCAUGACCAGCGCUGAAAAUCUUGAAUGGAAGAAGAGAAUGAGAUACAUUAUUUUAGACGAAAUUCACUGUAUCAAUGAAUCAUCAUCUUCUGGACAAGUUUGGGAACAUGUAUUGAGCUUAUUGGAAUGCCCAUUCAUAGCUCUCAGUGCUUCUAUUGGAAAUCCAAAAGAGUUUGCAGACUGGUUAAAUGAAAACUAUAACAAGGAUAUUGUUUCUCAUGUUUCCUUCCUUAACGAGCAACAAAAGAGUGUUGAACUGGUUGUUCAUGACGAGAGACCACGUCCUCUUGAAUUCUAUAACUAUGAUACAGCAACCGAUCGAUUAACAGAAAUUCAUCCUAUGGCAACUUUGAAUCCAAACUCUAUUGACUCUGUACUCUUUUCUCACAUGCAAAACUUUUCUCCACUUCAAUGUCUGACCUUGUACAAGAUUGCUCUUGCAAUUAGACAAUCAUGGACAGAACAAUCACGCCCUGUACCUGCCGCUGUCAAUGAAUUUUUAACACGUUUCAACCCUGACACCUUCUUUAGUAACUUUGGCCUUAUUAGACGUCAACAAUUUGCAACAUACGGUAAAUCUAUGAAGGAAGCGCUUAUUACCAUGUCCACUGAAGUGGCUAAUCAUGAAUUUUUACUUGAAAUUACGAGAGCGUUGCUGAAAGACGUUAAAGCAAGCUUUGAUAAUAUGGAAAAUGAAUACGAGGCCCAACUUCAAUCUAAGGAGGUCAAAGAUUCUGACAACAUCUCAGAGUCUGAUGUAGUUUCAACAACCUCAAGCAGGAUCAUUUCAAAGCACAAGUUUGGUACUGAUGGAUGGCUAAAAGAUAAUAUCAUUCCACUUGUAACACGCUUAGCAGAAGACAAACUAUUGCCCUCAAUAUUCUUCAGCUUUGACAGAACAAUGUGUGACUUCCUUGUGAGAAAAAUUGCAGCUCAUUUGAGAGAAGCACGUGCCAAUUCACAACUUGGAAAUUACUUCCAUCUCUACUCAUCUGGUUUAGAGAAAGUAAGAUCUGAAAAAGAAAUUCGUUAUAGUUUACAAAGUUUGGAACAAUUUGGACCAUUGAUUCCAAUUGAAUUGCGAGAAGCCCUCGAAGUUGGUGUUGCAGUGCAUCAUCACAGCUGUCCAACCGAAUAUCUCACUGAAGUUGAACGACUCUUCAGACUUAGAUGCUUACCAAUUGUUAUCUCAACUUCAACUCUUGCACUUGGUAUUCACAUGCCAUGUAAGACAGUUGUAAUGGUUGGUCAUUCAAUUUAUUUAACAACUACAAUGUUCCAACAGUGCGCAGGAAGGUCUGGACGAAGAGGUUAUGAUGUUAAGGGUAGAGUUGUUCUUUAUGGUAUUCCUCAUGUCACUGCAAAUAGAUUACUUGCUGGUGUGACUCCAAAAAUUAAGGGUGCUAUGGGUCUUCGAUCGACAUUUUUGCUAAAGAUGUUGUCUCUCCUCAAUAAGGCGCAAAAUGACAACGAAAAACUUCAAAUUGUCACUGACGAUCUUUCUCGUUUAGUGAACAAGAAGAUUUUCUAUUUGGGCCAAAUUUUAGCCAACUCUGAAAAGCAAAACAAGUUCUGCAUUCGAUUUAUGUUAGACUUUUUGAGAAGAAAUCUCUAUCUAUCACAAGACGCUUCUUUGGGAGAUUUUGCACAACUUAAUAUUAGUCUUUUCCACAACGAACCGGCUAACUUCCUUUUCAUUCAUCUCUUACAAACAGGAGCUAUUGGUCAAUAUUUAGAAACAUGGAAGGAUAAGCUUGAACAAGCUCCACUCAGACCAGAAGAAAAGGUAGAAAUGUUGGGUGAAAAAUUGCUCAUUCUUUUGAAUAUUCUCUUUGAAGCCAGAAAACUUUCACACUGGGACAUUUCACCUUUCAAGUUAGAAAAUUACUUUGGCAUCACAAACUUGGAUGAAAUUUCUUCCAAGAAUUCAACAAAGAGCAAUCUUCCAACAAAUAUCCUAUCACAGUUUGCAGAGUAUAAUCGAAUUUUGUUGAAGACUUAUGGAACAUUUGUGACCGCCUAUUGCAAGAACUAUGCUAAAGAUGUUUUGGACAAUUACUUACCACUUUCUGGAAUUAAGUUCCCAGAAGAGACUUCUGAUCUAGUUGAAAAACUGUACCAAAAUUCUGAAAUUUGCAAAGCAUUGCAUGAUAACAAGCUCCAGUAUUAUGGAACAAGUAGUUUCGCUGCCUUGAGUGGCACUGAUGAUGCCUUUAAUAACGUUAGCCAACUUUUGAAUUGUAAAAAUCAAAAUGUGAUUUUGGACACGUCUUUAUUGCCAUACCUUGAGAUUGUAGAAUUAAUUUCUCAAAAUGCUAACAUUUCUCUCAGCUCAUAUGCAAUUGAAUUUUUAAGAAACGGACAAAAGAGACAGGUCGCUACGGAUUGUGAUUUCCCAAAUCUUUCAUUGUGUUUCAAUUCUCUCAAGAAUGUGGAUAGAAUAUUAGGCCAAGUUCUCUAUAAUAUUUAUCUUUUCAUGAACAUUAAGAAUGGAGCAAACAAUGAUCUUUUUAUGUCUACUCUUACCAAAGUACGAACGAGAUUCCAUGAUAGAGUUACUGGAGGAAGAAAAACUAGAAAGAAGGUCAAGCAGCUCAAGACUAUCAACGUGGAAGUUGAUGACAGAGACUUGAUUAAGGGAAGUGGAGCAAAGCUUAAGAAUGCUAUGAAACAUACCAAAAAGGACGCUGUCACUAAAGAAACAGGAGCUUUGAUGGAGUAG